AGCAGAAGCACUUUGAAUGAGCUGCUGGUGCUUUGUUUUAAAAGACUUACAAUAAUCAAGAUGAGGUUUGGUAAAAGUCUGUAUCACCCUCUCCAAAUCUUUAGGAGGCCUAUACUUUUUGUAUCAGCAGAAGGGGCAGCUCACUAUCAACAGAGGAUGACACUAUCUACAGAUGUCGCCUUGAAACUACAUAUUUCUGCAUUAGCAAAGAACAAACAUACACUUAUUUGUUAUUAGUUUGAAGCUGCCAAAAAUAAACCUUUUGGGAGAUAAAGAUGAAAAAGAUGAGAGUGGCUGAAGUCAAUGUGUUUUAACUAGGCCCCAGGGACUCACUACAUUAAAACCUGUCAAUAUCACUUGAUGCUUAUCAAACAUAUCAGUGGAUCUUUGAGUCCUCCGGGCGAGUCCAUCGACUGCAGCGGAGUGACACAUCUUAAGGAAGAACAUUUAUGAUCAUUUCCUAAUGGAAAUGCAAUCAGACCGAGACGCUAAGGCAGAAGAACUACCGUGUCUGCAGUACAAAAUGAUUGAUGUGAUGAUUAUUACUUCAAGAGAAUAAUUAAGAAAUGAUCAUAAAUGUUCCUCCUUGAGCUGCGUUCGCCUGCUGCAGUUGAUGGACUCGCCCGGAGGUCUCUGUACAAACAAGCAGCUGCUGGAAGAGAGUAGGUGAGUUGUGUUUGGUCUCUUUGCUAAAGAAAUCUGGGAAAGUUAAAAAGAUGUUUGGUGGCUAGUGCUAUGGCUGGGACCCUAUAUGUACUGUUGAUGAAGUUAGGUGCUGUUCUGAGCAUUAUUUGUGGCUAUAGAGUGGCUUUUUGGUUGAGCGCAUGGCUCUGUGUAUUGCUAUAGUGCGGUUGUUACUAAAGUUGGAAUAACUAGAGAAGCAAGCAGUCUGCAACAUUCAUCUCUCGACGGGGUGUCAUUACGGUGUGUUUGACUCCAACUUAUUUUUACGCCGGAAUAUCCCUUUAAACACUAAUGUCUUUGGGGGCAUGAUGAAAGCUGAUAUCAUAAUUAGCUUUCUUGAGAGGAUUGCAAUUUACAUUUGUUCCGCUAUCAUCCUCUCUACUUCUGGAGGUCUGGCCUGCAGACCAGGCGCUGGGGGCGGAGCUUGUGGCCCGCCCAUGGACUUGUGAGGUGUGAAGAAUCCAACUGUGUCUGAACCUGCUGUUUGGGUCUGCCAGAGGUUCACAGAAAUCUGAAUGCAGAGAUCCAAUUUUGCACUUAGUUUUCUCAUGAUAUGUCCUCCAAUACAGACAAAUAGAAAAGAAUAUACAGACAAAAAAACAUGACAAAAACUGGACAAAAACUUCAUCAAGUUAAGUGAUUUGUGAGUUUUCAUUGAAAGGUGUUACCAAGGAGACAAUUUCAAUGUGUCCCUGAAAGAUGAAGUUGAUGUCAGAGCAUAUCAACCAUUUUGGUGAUAUAUGCUCACAAUUGUACCUGUGCCUUUACAAAUAUAUUUUGAAUCAUACAUACCAGUGCUAAUCGCUGUUGUGGUGUGUCUUUCUAUUUCUCUAUAAAACUUUGUAUUAACAGAUACUAGUGUUAAUCCGUAAUGCAGGGUUUCUGUGAUUAAUUGAAUCACAAGGCAGAAUCGGGGCCUCAGCCUUAUUUCUGUGUCAUCCCCGGCACCGAAUCUAAGUGUGAUGGCAUCUCUGUGAAGACCAUCAUUGUCCAAGGACAACACUUGGUGUAUUAUUCAUGUUUUAAUGCAGCUAUGGUAUUACAGAGCAACACCAGGCUCCUUGAUCAAAUGCGCUGUUUUAAUUUUACAUUUGCAUCCUUUUUUUUUCUUUUUACAUCUUAUGCAGAUUCACUUUGUCUGCUGCAUCCCCCCUCUCUCUCACCCUUGUGUCUUGGUUACAGUGUGUAAGUUCACGAUUAAAAAGCCCUGGCAUGCACAAGUGUUAGAGGAAAAUACAUAAUGCACAUAAAAUAAUUACAAAAACAAGUAAAAACACAGAAGCCACAAGUAGAGUGAUAAAUAGGUAAGAGUUAAGAACAGGCAACUGUCAGGAGUCAGGUAAUGAAUACAGCUUGACAGAUAAAGUAAAUAAAUAUAUAUAUGACCUGAGAUGAUGUUGGAAAAAAAGCCUUUUGAUGACAGUCACAAUGUAACAUUGGUUUGAAUUAGUAGUGCCUCUAGUCCAGUGUCUAUUUUCAAUAAAAGAAUCCUAAAUGUGUAUAUUGUGGUGCUUUUAUUUUUCAGUGGGUGCUCCCAAUUUUUUUCUGGUGCUGCAAAGUCCAAGAGUUAACCUAGAGCCAGUUUUUGUACAGUUUCCAAUACACCCAUAUAUAAAUGUGUUUGAUAAAUGAGCCAACGUGAGGAAAACUAAAAGCAAAAAUUCAGUCAAAGUCACUGACACAAAGAAAGAAAAAACAUUUUUUAACCAAGAAUAAAAUAAGCCUCAAAGUCAAGGUGGAGAAUUUGUUUCCUUCAGCAGCUUAAUAAAACAACUGAAAAGAAAAAAAAAACAUCUUAAUGAGGGUUUGUGAAAGAUUACUGAGAAGUUAAAAGUAAUAUAAUCCAGAGUUUAUGGGGCUGAGCACAUACACUCUUGAAUGCACAAAAUCAGAUUCAUAAAUUGAGAGUGUGAGAAGACUUUUUAAAAUGUUUGCUUUCCUGAUGGCUCUGUCAAACAUUUCCAGAUGUCGGCCAGAAAAUGUGUUGUAUAUUACUGAAAGUUAAAGAUCCCUGUUUGAAAUUUAUUCCCAGUGCUGACUAACUCCUCUGAAUGAAAAUAAAAUCUGCUUUAAAUUGACAUUCCCUUUUGGAAAAGAGGGCUUUUGACUGUGUCAGUGCCAACAGACAUGUAGCUGGUAUCAGGUGUAUCUGAGUUGUUUUAGUAACUGAACAAAAACUGACAUUUUGUCCGCAGGUAAACUUUGUAGUAUUGAGGGGAUAGCUCUGGAAAAUUAUUCACUCUGGUAAUCGUUUAUCAGUUUGUCUUGAAAAAGCAAACAAAUGUGUGGGCAGAUAUGAGAAAAAGAGGCUGGUGCCAAGAAAAUAAAGCAAAUUGAGCAAGAGAGUUUCUAAGUUCAACAAAACACAAACAAGUAAAAAAAAAAAAAGGAGGAAAAAAAAACUUAUUACAUAAAGAAUAAGCUGUGCCCCAAGACAUUGCACGUUAACAUUAAAUGGAGAGUCACAUGUCACUUUCCCCAAGCUUCUGUCAAUGACAAGUUACAACUAAAUCAUUUAGUGCCCUGCUUUCCAUGAAGAGGGGAGUUGAGGGACCUUAAAGUCCUUUACGGAUUUCGCGUUAAAUCAAAGAGAGCCUGAGCGACUCUGAAGAUCUCCGUUUAGGAGGAGUUUUGUGACUCCUGCAGCUUCUCCAGGACCUUCAGCAAACACGGUUUCCAUUGCCUCAGAGUUGGGUUGAGCAGAAACAACAACUGGGACCUGUAGAGACUUCUGCCGUGCAAAGUUUCAGACCUCGUGGCCAAGCAAACACUUUCUGGGAGAUGAGCCAGACUGACCGGCAGUUAUCUUGUAACAGAGUUUGGUUAGGGGGGGAGAAAAGAAAGGCAGGCGACUGUGCGCGCGCUCCCAGUAUGGCACAAAAAACGGAGGAAAGUGGGGUUCCUUUCGUCAAAAACUCGACGGGAAACGGCGCCGACUGGCUGAAACAAUCCCACAAUGCGGACCAAAGCGUAUACGGAUCCGGAUACGUUAACCCGUUAGCCUGUGACAUGGAGAAACCUUGCUGUCAGACAGCUGCUGCUCCUCAGGAGGAGUUGUCAAACGCUGACUGCCGAGUGGGCGACAAUUGCUCUUUUCCUGCCUGCGCCACAAUCUCAGAAACAGCCAGAGAGCUGUGCAAAGCUGUGUCCGUGUCGCUGGGACUGACCAUGGAGCCCACCGACACGAGCGAACUGGACGCCGCUCUGCCCCCGUGCGCAACAAGUGACCACAUAAGAGGAGAGUAUUUACUGAGUGGAGCCGUGCCCCCACUGAGCUGUCCGCGCGCCCAGGCUGCUGACAGCGAGCGGGAUGAGCUGCGCGGACCCAAGCAACUGGUGGACAUGUUCAAAAGUUCAGAGACUGCCCCGCGACUGCAACACCUCACCUCCACUCAGACGUGCGCGGACGACCAAAACUUCACGCUGUGCAACAGUAGUGACAUAACUUCAGACGAGAUGGAUCACCUGGACUCAGCGCGUGCUGCCUCUUGCCCUUACGCCCAGUCUACGCCAGCUAACUUGGCACACUUAUCCACAGAUAGGCCGUGCCGGGUGUACAAACCCCCCGAUGAAGCGAGACACUUCGGGGGAGCCAUGGAGACCAAAUUCAGUGGAUAUCAGCCGGAACAAUUCAGCGUCAGAAUCAAGUCUGAGGACGGCGAACCUGCUGGGGCGUUGUGGGGAAGUCAUUACACUUUUAAUGAGAAGUACAACCAUCAGGACUGGGGUCCAAGGCAGUGCAUGGAUGCAGAGAGCACGGGGACAAACGCACCGUUUUUAUGUAAUCCAUAUGAGAGAAGCAUGGUGCGUCCGGAGCAGUGGUACCCGGGCGGGAUGCUGAGGCCGCCCUAUCCCAACUCCACUUACGUGAAGAGCGAGGUGGGCGAGUGGCUGGAUGUCGCCUACAGUGACACUAGGUAAAUUAAUACUAAUAAUACUACUACUACUAAUAAUAAUUCCAAAAAUGUCCUUUAGGAUCACAAAAGGUUGUGUUUCAUUUUUUCUCACACAUAGAUUGAACAAAAACACUCAGACCUGUUUAUGCUUUUCUGUCCACACUGUGACCCUAAUCCUAAUCUGACCACAGACAGUGUCAAGAGUCUGGCCCCUGUGUUUUUCUGCUGUCUGCUUGGGAAUAGAAGCAACAAAAUGCAACCUGAACUUCAAUCAUCGAAAAAGAUGAAUUUCAUUCUUCUUCUUUUUUAUUUAUUUCUCAGAGUUUAAGGUCUUUCUUUAAAAACAGCUGCAGCAUUUAUUGUUUGCUUGUUUUUAUUAGUCGCAUAAAUGUCAAACUCAACAGAUGAAAAAAAAAGUCACAGUCUCCUGCAGACAGGAGUGUUUUUUAAGGAGAUUAACAGACCAUCUUUAAUAAUCACACUGAGAACUUUCACUCAACUAAAGCAAGUUUUUAAUGUCGUAUUCAAAUGAUUUAAGAACAUUUUGAGAAGCUUCCAUCCAAAAUAUUUGAGUCACAUCUGCAACCCAGAACUGCUUUAACAGUCUUCAAAUUAAAAUGAAGUUUUAAAGAUUGUAUGAAAUGUGGAAUAAAUAAAAACAGUUCAUUUUAUUGUUGGAUGUUAUGUUCUCUAAUGGUCCUUUAAUUAAAAACAAAAAAAGUCUUUAGUUUUGCUGUGAUGUCUGGGACACCAGCUUCUAACAUCAAUGUGACCGCCAACAGGAGUGUGAUAUUGAACAUGAAGAUUAAGAUAAAAAAAGGAGAUAAGAACAAAGACUGUGAGCAACUGAGAAGUUUUCUGAUAAAUCAGUUUUAUUUUAAGCCUACAUCCGUUUCUAUUCCAGAAAUGUAUUUAUGUAGUCCAGAAACGCAGUACACUUACACUUACACUCAAUUGAUUUACAGCAACAUUGGAUUCACCUCUGUUUAUAAGCUGACUUGAGCAUUGGUUGUUGUGUUUCAGGAUUCUGUCUCUUUAUUCUAAAAUUGUACAGUUGCCUUCAAUUUUCAAUAACAACUCUAGACAUUUUAAUUUAAUUUUCUGUUUGAAUGACCCCAAAGCCAAGGUAACCUGAUCUCAAGAUCCCAGAGCAGACAUGCUGACAGCCACAUUAGUACAAGGCAUGGUUAGUUUUGGUAGUUUCCUGUACGGUUUUAUUACAAAGGUGGAGUUUUUACUGUUUAAAUUGGACUUCAUAGCUCAAUCUCAAUUUGAUAGUACCCUGAAUCCUCUCAGUCAGUAGGAACCAUGUGUGCAGCAGACAUCAUGCCCUUAACUGGGCGUCUGUGACUUCACUGAGUUGGUAAAUGACUGAGAACACUGACAUUAAUCUCUCAGACCAUCAGAGCUCAGUGUACCAAAAGCCUGCGCACAUACAGACAGAAGCAUGUGAAAGACAAAGAAAGCAGAUUUUAGUUUUAGACUGAAGUUGUGAUGACUGUAAAAAAAACAACCGGAAAAUCAUAAACAAGGAUCCGUUUUAUAUCACUGCAGAGAAACACAUGUAAGAUUUCUGUCUUAAAUUUAUCUGAGACUGAAUCUUUAAGCAGCAGUGAAAAGACAGAAAAACUGAGAGAUGUGUGUUGAAGGUCUCCAGCCUGACCUCAGACCAGGGUCACUGGGCUACUUUUUGGUUUGCAGUAUAGAUUAGUUGGACAGCAGGAUGUGAACAAGUAUAGAGACCUUGAAAACUGGGAUUUCCAGCUUUCCUUUUGCUUAUCACCUCCAUUCCUGCUGCUCGUUCAUAGCAGCAGAUUCAUCAAAUUAUCUGGACAAUGUUGCUGAAUUAAAUCAAGUAAAAGGUCUUUGAUCCUCCCCUGCUCCACAUUUCAGUUUCACUUAAUUUAGUAAGCCAGAAAGAUGCCUUUACAGAUUUGCAUUUCUCUAAUCGGCAUUUGAGUGCAUCUCAUCCAUAUCUCUGAAUUUGUUCCCAGCAUUCUUGCAUUUUGUGUGUCGUUUCACUGAGUGAAAUGCCGCUCAUCUCUACCUUUAUGCAUGCUCCGUUAAGAAGAAUUUCAGGGCUAAUGAAUAGAACAAUUCAUGAAUAAAAUAAAACAAACAGCAACUGGGCUGUCACCCACAUAUGGUCCACAUCCCGACUGUCAGGCCUGAGGGCAGAACAUUUAAGCUUCUUUUUUCUCAUAACUUUGAUUGGAAUAAAAAUAAUGGUUUUUGCCUCACUUGGGACUAAGAAAGAUGCCACUGUAGGCUACUUGUUUAUUACUUACUUAUUACAAGAGUGACACUGCAAUCCUUCAAAGAGAUUUAAUUUCUGACCUCUACGUAUAGGCAGGACCUGCCAAAAAUACCAUCCAAAUAAGUAAAAACACUUUUUUAAUCACUAUUUCACCUAUCAGCAAAAUACUGCAGACUUAUCACAUCUUACAACACUCUGCAGCUUGAUUCCCAUUGGGACACGUAUGGGUUUAGCAGAUGCCAUGAAGAAAACCAAAUAGCUGAUAAUUUGAAAUAGAAAAAUGAUGUUAAGCAUUAUGUUACUUUUCAUUGGAUCAACCUCUAAGUGGCUUAAAAUUACUACUAAAAUAUUACUAAUGCAUUGAAGCGUGUUAAACUGAGCACAAAGAAGUUGGACUAAUCUGAAUUUUCUGCUGCGUUAAUCAAACAGUAUUGUGCACAGAAAAUGGCCUAAAUUGGUUAUGACUGACCUGCACUGUCAACACGAUCAAGUAAUGAAAACCACUCAUUAGUUUAGAAAAAGGUGGGAAUAUUUCACAUGUGAAAUGGUUCACUCUCAGUCAGAUGUUUUUUUUUUUUUAAACACGUUUUUAGGAUCUUUUCUUGAGUUUUGGCAAAGUAUCAAAUUAUGUGUGGUUGUAUUUUAUGUAUUACAAUUAAGCAGUCGAUGUUUUUAUAUUUACAUGAAAUACUGUGUCUCUUGGAGUGCAAAGGAGUGAGUUUGAUGUUUGUGUCCUCCCUAAACAGAGACAGUUGUGUGAGACUAAAACGGUGAAAGAGUGUAAAAGAUUUACGUUGAAGCUGUUUUAAUAUGUCGUAUUAGCAGUGAGACAGAAACCUGUCCUAAAUAUGCUCCUCCUCUUCCUCAUAACGGAUUCUUUGCACAAAAAUACUGUUUUCAUUUAUCUAACACAGUCAGAAUUGUCUGACUGCAUCUGAACAUGUCUCUCCUUUAGCUGAUUUCUGUAAUUUUAAAAAUGUAUUGUGUUUCUUUUAUUCCUAUUACCCUUAUAGUUGAUUGUGUUGUAACAUUCAGUAAGUCUGCCAGGUUGUUAAGCUCAAAAAGUGGCCUGUGGUGUGUGUUCAUGGUCAGCUUUACUGCUCAUGUCAAUAAAUGUGUAUCUUUCCCUUCAUAAACUACAACAUUUUGACAUUUGCAAAAACCCACUUUGAUUGUAUUCUUCAUUUUUAUAACAUCCUUUGUUACCUAAAGUCAGUCAGCAGACAAAAAAGACAUUUUCAGUUGAGAUUCAUCCUUGUCUGUUUUACUCAAAACCUUGAUAUCUUGGUUUCACGUCACCAAGGCUACGUUAUGUCUGAGCCUCCUCCAAUCUCUCUGUGCUCAAGGUUGAAGUCAGGCACCCAUCGCGGCCCCCUUAUCCUCCCUCCCCUCCCUUGUAGUCUCAGUGUUGGUGCUCCCACACCGUCCUCAGUCAUCACGCUCUCAACCCUCUUUCACUCUCUCACUGAGAGGCCUUGGCACUGUUUUUAGAGAGUUAACAGAAACUGCUUUGUAGUUUUAGUCUGGAAAGUAUUCAACAGGUUUAAAGUAAUUAUGGUCUUGUUUUGAUGAGUGAGAUCAGGGCUUGCUGUAAUAUGGGUCAAUAAAUUCAUAAGUCAAUAAAGAGUACAAAAAAAAAGUCAAAAACAGGCAAAAGUCCUGAAAUACAGAUACUGUGCAAUGACCCAAAUAAGACACGCAAACUGUGGCUUUUACACAAUCAAUCAAAGAGUAGCUGGGAAAGGCUAAAAAUACAGGUGUAUUUAAUAUUUAAUGCUCAUGUUUCAUCCAAAUCCUUUUUUAUGUGCUUUUGCUGCAGGUUUGAGUCAGGCAGGGAGCACAUGUUUCCCAUGGAGUUUUUCUUCCCACCACAGAGGAUGUGCCUGAUCUGUUCAGACGAGGCGUCAGGCUGCCAUUAUGGAGCACUCACCUGUGGAAGCUGCAAAGUUUUCUUUAAGAGAGCAGCAGAAGGUAAAACUUAAAGGGGGUAACUGAAGUCCUGAGGGUUGUAACCCACACACUCAUACUUUUUUAGGGUCAUUCUUUAGACAGAUGUCUCUAUAAGUAACCUCUGGUUUCUCUGUCCUUGCAGGCAAACAGAAAUACUUGUGCGCAAGCAAAAAUGACUGCACUAUAGACAAGCUAAGGAGGAAGAAUUGCCCAUCUUGUCGGCUGAAGAAGUGUUUUGAAGCUGGAAUGACACUUGGAGGUAGGUUGGAUUAAUAUGUGUUUUAAAAGUUAGUAACUAUACACUUAAGAUAAAAUCAUCCAGCUUCAGGUGUCAUAAAAUGAAGCCAACAUAAGACAAUCUAAAAGUGUAAAAACUUGAGGCUGGCUCCAACAGCCAAGGAAGUCACAUCAACACCCUUAUUAAAUGGCCAAUUAUCAGCAGGCUGGUACAGAAUUACAGGUUAUUCUUUGGUAGUAAACGUUCAGAGGGUGAGACAUUUUUUUGACUCUUCACUUUUGAUUAUAUUAAAGCUAAGAGCUAUGCAUAGAUUUGCACUAGAAGUGGUGUGUCUGAGUUGACUUACAAGCUAGUACAUUGUAACUGGUGGCUGAGAACCCGCCUCAACUCUACCGCUCUGUCUGUCUCUUGGUUUGGCAAAAAAAAAGUGUUUCUAACAUAUUGAUCAUCAACCCUUAGCUUCAUGACCUGAAACCAGAAAGAUAUGUCACUGAAAGUAUGUCCAAGUUCAAAUGCUGUCAUCAUGUCAGGCUGCUGUGUUCAAAACUGUGAGUCCUAUAUGGAGUGAUAAUCAUCGUCAGCUCCUGGAUUGAUCACCAACUGAAAAAAACACUGUACAGUAAUGUUUGAAGGGGGAAUUUUGUGCUCUUUUGGAAUCAUUAAGCUACAGUUAACCAUCAGUUCACAUUAUUAUUUCCACUGUCUAGAUCCAUUUAUUGUUAGCUACCAUGAUGAAAUAGGAGAACAGUUCUACCCUGAGUGAUGUGAGCCAAAAAUGUGUCUCUUUGUUAUCGUAUUGUCAGCUGGGAAGAGGUUGAAAUCUAAUAUUACCCACUGCAUUGUAAUUUUGUUAAACUUUGAACUAUGGCCUGUUGAUCCUCCUAUUUCUUUUUUACAAUUUUUCACGGUUCGGCUUAGUCAUACAAACUGAUGACGAAUGUCAGCUUGGCUACGUUUAUCUGACACGCAGCCAUAAAUACCAAAGUACAACAUUUGAGCUUUCACCUUAUUGUGUUUCCCUUCAGUGAUCAAUAAAGUUCUUAUUACCUUAUCUUGAGCAAGGCGUCAGAGAGACGAAUAUGGUGAUGACAUAGUGUCACAGACCACAGUUCAAAUCACAUACAUUUGCACUGUAUAGGGUAUAAUAAACACUGUGUGAACAAAGCGCACUUCAGAGAAAGUGAAGUCUUAAAAGUGAAACUAUUAAUGGUUUCGCAAGACCAAGUACUUUAUUCUCUCCGCAGCACAUCUUAGCCGGCUCUCUUCAAUUGCAGCAUCAUCACAAUAGGGGAUGUUACUGAUAAUCAGGCCCUGGCUGAGCUGCCAUGCAAUUUAGACCUCUUCCAUUCACUUCUCCUUACUGUCACCCAGACCUGCUCGUCAUAUUAGGCUGUAAAGAUUGACAUGUAGUGGACUAAUUUUAGUCCUAUGUUCAAUUUUCACUCUCCUCCAUUUUCUCAUUCUGUUAACGGUGAAAAUUGUGCCUGAAGCACAAAGCUGACAUGAGACAUGUGAAUUAAAGCUGCAGACAUGCUGGCAAUUUUGCCACCAGUCACUGACAAACCCAUGGAGGGAAAAUGUGAUCUAAUGCUGUGAUUGUAAGUAAAAAGGCACACCUUUUCUAGUUGUGUCUAAAAAGAGCCUCUUUUCACUGUGGUUCUCAUCCCAGACAUGUAAUUCAUUCGCUGCAUUUCAAGAGAAAAUUUAUGACAAUCAUUUGUAGAAGCAGAGGCAGAAAAAUUAUACAUCAGGUCUUACUAUCCCUGUGGGUUUUAACUCAAAAUACUUUAAAGCCUAGUCAUAAAAUGCUGAAAGAAAAGAGAUGUCUGCUUUUUCUAAUUGAAUUUGAUUCAUUUACUUUAAAGUUGGCAGUCAAAUCAAUCCACUCAUAAACUUUGCAAUCUCCGGAUGGUAUCAGAGAAAUCUGUAUUUUAUUUUCCUCAUAGUUUGGGGGUUCUGAAUAGAAGCAAUAAUCUGAAUGUUGGGUUUGUUUAGUUUGGCAUCUGCUCCAGAUUGACAAGCAUACUUAUUACAAAUUACUGGAUGGUUUCAUUUCUGUCAUUCCAAUUCCAUAUUAUUUCUGGAAUUUUAAUUGCAUCCAAAAAAGAAGCUGGGCAGAAAGGUUGCGUUUGCCAAACUUUGAAAGCAGUGAGUCUCAUUUUCUGCGAUAAGGAGGAAGCUAACUACACAUCUGCACUUUAACGUCUUGGGUUGAGAUACAAACAUGAGUCACUGAUUUAUCAUUUUCUCCAAGAAAGUAAAUCCUCAGCCUCCGACUUUCCUGGUGAUAAUAGCACUCUUCAUAAAUCCAAGACAAAUUAUGUCUUCAUCCCGACUGUACACUAAAGCCACUUCAGAGAGCGCAGGUUAGAUCUAUUGCCUCUCUGAAAUUUUCAUCUUUUUUUAAGGGGUCGUGAUGUAAAGAAGAAUUGUCUGCCAUUUCCAGAAAAUAAUUGUAAUAUUUGUGAUGACAGUUUUUUAUGCAUUAACUAUUAAACAUUUCAACUUUGCAUCCUGAGUAUGGGGGAUACUCAUGUUUGACAGAGUUUCUUUCUUUCCUUGACGUUUAGCCAUCAACAUCACUUUUUCAUGAUUACGUUAAUUCAAUCAACCCAGUUUAGCAGCUGAAAUUUAAUUUCCCCCUGAAUUUGCCUCUGACUUCAGCUUAAAAGAUCUCAAAGUGUCCCCAAACCACCUUUGACCUCUAUAGCAUGUCCUCAUUUAGCUUGAUGUCCUCUGUUGGUUGGUUGUGAAAAAAGAAAAUUAGCUAGUACCUGCUCCUAAUGUGGAGGAGUGAAUGAAUACAAAGACUCUGUGGGUAACCAAACUCUAACCCUGUGCCCUGAGGGCUCAUAACAAGUCAGUAGUAGGGUUAUAGUAAGUUAAUGCUGCUGUAGUAACAGUGUCAUAUCUUAUUAAAGUGCACUGAAAAUAUUUUUUAAUGUUAGUUAUCUUUAGUUAAGGGUUAUUCGGGGUUAUGAUGACGUCAUGGCUGCAAAGGAUUCGCAGAUUGAUAAAUCAAGAGAUUGGAUUGAUCACAAGGUUAUUUACUUGAUGAAUGGACCAGUAAUACUCCUAAAAUGUCACUAAGAGAAAAGGGCAUGUCAUGUUUACUUAGUACAGAAUCAAGUGUGUUCAUUUUUUUCCAAGCCCUAGACUCAAGGGGAUAUGUGGAAUUAUAUAAAACUGAAAACAGCCGUGGUUAGAGAAGCUCAAAGCACAGAAGCUUUGUAUUCAAGAUAUUUCUGUGAAAUGACAGAAAAUUCUAAAGUUUAUCAAAAAAGUCACCAACAAAUUUUCCUUCAGAUGAUGCAUUUCCAGCUUCAGUGCUUUAAGUCAUCAGCUUCUGAAAUAAUCGGAAAAUACCACUGCAACAUUUUCCACAAUCGCAAUCAAAGAGGCGAUAGAAAAUGGUGACUACCCUUAAGUCAAAGGUGUCUUAAAAAGGCCUUUAACAGGCCUCAUGAGCAAAUGAGAUGCCAGAACUAGCAGUAAAGUCAACUACUUGUUUUCAAUCAAAGCAUAUUUAAGGAACAAAUGCAUUCUAGCUCCAAAGUUAUGUCAGCAUUUCACAAACAAUGUGGGUGUGACCCAUUUCCAAACAAAUGUUGACAGGUAAGAAAAUCUUUUGUACAAAAUUGCCUCCGAAAAGUUUUUUAAAAAAGCCUACAGUUUUUAUUGUCACCAAGUAACACAAUAAAAAAAAGGAGUUACACAAAGAAUAAUCAAAGACCAAACAUUUUGUUUCCUGUCAUGUCUUUGGAAAAUGGAAUGUAAGGGAUUAUUAAUUCAUAUGAUAAAAGAAAACAGAGAAUGUUUAUUAUUACUGAUCAAUUCUGCCGCCAAGGUCCAGAGGGAGCAAUCUUAAGCCACUGAGGUCAUUUUAUAAUUCUUGUUAAUGGGAUUAUGGUAGAUGUCAUACAACUGUGGAAGGUCUAUGAGCAAGUUUACGUCAGGUAUUUGAUAUGAGAGGAGCACCGAUAAAUCAAAUCAAGUCAAAUCAAACUUUAUUCAUAAAAGGCUUUUCAUACAAAAGUGGUUUACAGUCAAAAGGUAUAAAAGUUAUAAAAGUUAUAUAUAUAUAUAUAUUUUUUUUUUUUUUGGUACAUUUAAAGAUCAUAAUCAGAACUUUCUAAACAUUAAAGACAAACGCUGAGUAUACACCAUAUGUUUUAAGUCUUUUCAUGAGUAAAGGUAAACCUAAAUCUGGGUCUACAAGUCAGACCACAACAUCAUCUGCAUACAGACUCACAUUAUAGUCCUCUCCUCCCACCAUAAUUUCCUUUAGAUCUUUCUCCUGAUGCAUCAUAUAAGGGCUAGAGGUUCAAUAAUCAAGUUGAAGAGGCUAGGGCCAACUAGGCAGCCUUAACUACAGCCCCUUUGCAAAUCACAGAAUACAACCUAUUAAAUCUUCACUGAAACAAAAAUCUUAACAUUACAAAACGGGGGAAUUCCCACCUUAUGAAAUCAAAACCUUUGCGAAACUAGUCUCAGAAGACUAGAACAAGAUUGUUCUCAUUUACUUUUUCAAUUACAUGUAGUGCUUUUCUUGUAUUGUUAUACUUCCGACACAGGAAAGGAUUCUUCUCAGUUUCCUUUUCAAAAGCUAUAAUGAGUACAUACUUGAACACGGUAUUUCUUGUUCAACUUUGCUAGCGGUCUGGUUAGCCUAGAGUUUUACGAGUACAGCGAAUAUAAAAGAUACGUUUGGGUGACGAACAGCCAACUGCAAUGUGAAAUGUCACGCAAAUGUAUAGUCACCACGUUGUGUAGCAUCACAGCAGAACCACUAGCCGAUCUAUCCACCUGAGUACAUCUGAUACCUACACCAGUUUGGUGACAUUUAUCAGGGCAUCUUCUGUAGUCCAUCACUUCACAUCACAUAGUCUGUUUCAUCAGACAGAAAUGGAGAGUGACACAAAUCAAGAACAGAAACAAGAGUAGAUAAUCCAAGAUUUUAUUGAUACCCAGAGGGAAAAUUUGGGGUUAAAAUGAAAAAGACGACCAAAUUCUCAACUGUGAUCCUUUAGUGUGUUUUCUGCUUUUGGUUUAGUCAGAUCCACAUUGUUGAUGAAGCGCUGAUGAAAGCUGAGAGCUGAAAUGCAGAGAGCAGUUUCAAUUUCUGAUAAUUAAUUUUUAAUAUUCAAAUGCGAGCGCUGAUGUCUUCUGACUGAUAUUCUUUGAGUCAGCACCAAGUGCUUGUGAGAGAUUUCUGAUCCUUUUCAGACUUUGCAUCAACAUGUGGUUUUAGUGGGGAGAACAUUAGUGAUAAGCUCUGGAGCCAGUUUUGAUGCGCAGGCUCUUCACAUUUAGGAAUGGCUGAAGAAAUUACUAUCAGUCCCUCGGACACAGUGGAGGAGAAAUAGGCAUCUCAAAUCCGCCAUAUUUGAGAAGGAAGAGAGGGAAAAUCUUGUGGUCACUUGUCCUGAUCAUGUCAUUAGUUUGUGUAUUUUAAGUGGGCUCUUCGCAGAAAUGCAGGGCAGAUUGUGUGCUUGGAGUCAGGGAUGGAGCAUGACCGAUCUGUAUUAUAUCUCAUCUUCUCUUUAAUGAAUCAUCUGUAUCUUCACUGCAGUUAUUACAAGCUCUGCUCAGGGAUCACAUUAUGGCCCGCAUGGAUCGUUCUAUAGUAAUGGAUUAUAUAUACAUACCUAGCUUUAGUUCAUGAACUAUGUCUCCAUAUGCUAAGAUGACAUGCAAGACAUCAUGGGGAAACAUUAAAUCAUUCGAGCUGGUGGUCUGUUGCUCCAUGUGAUUGUUGCUGUGGAUACGGGUUGAGUGGCCAGUCCUCCAUGUGGUUCAGCACACUACCAGACCAAUACGGGAAAAUGCCUCCUAUGCUUCCCCUUCAUGUGUGGACUGAAGAGCCUGAUCCCACAUGUACUGAUGGGCAUUUACUCUCAGAGUUAAAGCAUGUCACUUUGGUUUGAUUAAGCAGAUCUCACUUUUUAUUGUUUGGUGCAAACUGUUUUUUUUUUUUUUUUUGAGUCGCGAAUGCCCACUCUCUGUUCAGGCCUUACCCUGGCUUUAUUUUCUUGUUAUCUCUGAGAAGAAACAGUUUGUGGUUCGAGUUAAUACGGUGGCUUUAAUGGUCAGUUUAGUUAGAUCAUUGAAAUGGGAGGUUUUUAUGUUUUCAAUGGAGUCAGGCUACAUUUCUGAGAAUCAAGUUACUGAAAAGUGUGGAUAUGUGUUAAUAGCUAGUGAGCCUUUGCUUUCUAAAUAUUAUCAUGGAUACAAGCCCAGGAAUGAAAGAAGAAAUGCAAAUAUCACCUCUAAAUCAAAGAUAGCUCUUCAUGAAGAUAUUUCUGUGUGAAAGGGUUAUGAAACAGCCCAUUAUUAGUUCAAAAAUUGAGUUUCAUAACUGUGAUGCAUGUAUUUGUAUAACCCUUUCACUCUUGAUAUAAUCUUAUGAGUUCAUUUUAUUUCGUAAAGAGCUUUAAUGGACAGUAUUAUCCGUUAAAACCGCAGAGUGUUAUCUGGAUUGUGCCUGAUAGCUUAAUGAUGGGCCAACUGGAGAGUAAUAGGAGGUGUGACAGGCGACUUUGUGGAAGGCUGUCUCAUUUUUUUUUUUCCCUCUUUGUGUCAGACUCUCAAACACACUGCUCCUUCUCACACAAUCCCGGAAACACAACUUACAUUGUUGAGCUAAUGAUGUAAUGACAUCUUCAGCCUGGACACCAAAGGGAGAGAAAAGCAGAAUUUUCAGAGGGGCACAUCACAGAGAGGGUUUUAAAGAGGAGGACAUGUACUAAACCGACCUCGAUCAAACUCGCACCUAGCAAUCGAAAGAGGUAGUCACAAUACCGAUGCUGAUUAUGAUCAUGAUGAUGAGGGGGCUGAUAAAACUUAAAGUGAAGGACAGUGAAAGUGUGGGUACACCAGACAGAUUAUGUCCAAUAUAUUUAACAGGCAGUUUUAUCUGAGGGAAAAUGGGCUUAUUCAGGAGGUCAGGUCAGUUCAAGUCAGGAACAAGAUAUAAUCAAGAUGCUUGGGAUUAAUGUCCUGGUCAGAUGAUGCGCUACUCUUUGAAACUGAAAUCAUUUGAACCACUGAAUUGUUUCUCUAAAUCUGAUAUGCUUGAUUCUAUCACAUGGAUGUCUAUCUCCUCUUUGUAUCAGCUUCAGUGAAGAAAGUAGAUCUUGAGAAAAGCUCAACUCAACCUAUUUACACUUGGCUCUGCAAAGAUCAGACGCCUGCCUGUGUCACAAUAGAGGAUCACAGGUCUGAUUUUUAAUUAACCAUUUUAUUUGAAGUGUUUGUAAUUGGAUCAGACAAUGAAUUGGGAGACUUGCAAAUUAUCCCCCCUUAUACAAUUUGCAAUUUGCUUUCAACCCUGCUACUUUUGAGAGACUUAAGCUGUGUCUAUAACAGGCAAUUCAAUAUUUAUCCAAAUGAGCUGAAAAGCCAGGCAGCAGUUUUAAUGAGCCGUAGAAAGAAGCAAAGAAGCUGCUGGAGAAAAUUGCAUGACAAUGAUUAUUCAUUUCGCUGUCAAUCAGCAUAACUUUAAUGAAUGAAAGAAAGAAAGAAAGAGAGAAUACACUGCCCUGUCUUAGGAUUUUUCAGAUUUCUCUUAACCUCUUUAACCGUCACAAUAAAUGUCAAACGAAUUAGAUUGCAUUUAUUUGAAGGUCUUUCGAGUAUCAGUCUUUACAGUCAUCAACAAAUAAUUGUAUGUCUGUUCUUCCAUGUGCACAGUCACCAUUUGUAAGUGUCAAUCACUCAUGCUCAUGCUCAGCUGUCUCGCUCAAAUAACAGCUGAGCUGAAGCUGAGCUUUAAUACUUUCAGUGAUGAAACAGUGGCUUAUCAAGAGUAGCGAAUAGUGCAGUGCAUGGUUGGAAAUUUGUCUGGUUACCAAUUUUAUUCGGCAGCUGUUUAGCCAGAUUCAAUUUUUAAACAUUUUAAUUGUAUCCCCACUUAUCGUACAUGGCAGGAUACUCCACCAUUACAGAGGAGAAAAGGCAGCUCCUGUUGUGUUUGUAAGUGCAGGUUGUCGUAAGGAGCAGCUGCCUGAGGAGUUUCAGCACUUGAGGGGAAAGAAAUUGCAGUUUUUUUUAUUACAGCUAUACGGAUGCACAUCUGUUUGUUUUGUCCUUUUUAUAUAAAGUAAUUAUUGUUUUUCGUCUGUUUUUAAUCUAUUGAUCCAAAUACAUUUUGUAUUGCACAAAGGAAACACAAAUUUGAAGCAACAAUAUAUUUUUCCUGUGAUCGGUUUAAUCCAACAAUUUCUUUUCAACUUAUUGCAAAACCUUUUAUGAGAGGUAAAAAAAAAAAAAAAUGUAAUACCAGGAAAAAAAAAUUCAUUAAUCCAUCUGCAUCACCAGAAAGCUCUCACACAUGGUGACCACAGGCCUUUUCACCAGAUGAGGCUCAUCUGCUCUGAGAGUUUUCUUUCAAAUGGAACAUGAUUCAAAAUCUUCAAAGCUAUUAGUAACUCAGUGCAGGUAUUGUUCGGUAAAAUUGAUCCCUAAAAGGUUACUUAAAAUCCACAGCUGCAGUAUGAGAUAUUUGUGAGGGAUGGUUUGGAAAGCGAAAUAACAUGCAUAGUUUGUUUGCUUGUUUGGCUCAUGUUCAAUGGAAAAAUCAGUUACCCCUGUUUAAUGGUAUAUGACCAGAUUCUGCAAUAAAGUGAUAAACUACAAAGAUGUUAUAUAUUUAUUUUUAUUUAAAAAGUACUUACAGUAGACGCAGUAUCAAUGAUUAUUACCUCUGCCAAGGAGGUUAUGUUUUCGGUAGCGUUGGUUUGUUUGUUUGUGAGUUUGUUUGUCUGUUAGCAACUUUACAGAGAAAGUUACAGACGGAUUGACCUGAAAUUUUCACCAGAGGUGCGUCUCAGCCUCAGGAGGAUCCCAUUACAUUUUGGUGGUGAUCCGGACAAAAUUCUGGAUACUGUGACCCACAACACACAAAACUAAGGGUGUUGUUGGAAUUUUCAAUGCUAAAAGAUAACCAAUGGGCGGCACAGUGGUGUAGAUAAGUGGCACAUUGGUGUAGUGGUUAGCGCUGUCGCCUCACAACCAGAAGGUGCUGGGUUUGAAUCCCAGUCAGGGUGUUUCUUGUUUUAUGAACAGUGAACACACCAGUUUAAACACAAAUAAAUGUUAAUAAAAGACACGUAACAGUAAAAGUUUUGGUGUGAAUCACAAUAUAAGGGGGGACAUGAGCUGCUUGGUGGAGGUCUGCACUCUCUGAGUGCUUUUCUAGUUCUUUAUUGUGAACGUUCAAAGAAUACCCUGUGGUAUCUUUACAGCCUCCUACAUUAAUUCUCUUUACCCCCUUUAACUGAGCAGUAAUGGGUCCAGUUGAGGAGUGCAUAAUAAAAUUAGAACAUCAAAGCUGACCUCAUAUCCAGGUCUUACAAUCAAUUAUGAAUUUACAAUUUCAAAUGAUUGGUGUUUCUAAGUAAAGGGUGCUCAGAUGUUCAAUCGAGCAUUAAUUCUCCCGUGCAUAGUGGAACAAAGACAUUAUUGUCAUGUUGCAUUUGUGAGACAAAUGCAAGUCUGGUGGGUUGAGGAUUGUGUGCCAAAAUAGUUGAACAGUGAUAAUCACAGCAUGCCUUUUUAUGACUAAACUGAUCCUAGAUGCCUUUUUUUUUAUUCCAGCACGUAAACUAAAGAAGAUUGGACAACAGAAAAACCCUGAAGAGAAUCAACCCAAUCAGGAACAUCCAGAUUUAAUGCAGAAUGUAUCUCCGAAAACAGGCCUGAACUUCAACUCCCAAAUGGCCUUCCUCAACAUCCUGGAGUCCAUUGAGCCUGAGGUGGUGAAUGCUGGGCAUGACUACUGCCAACCAGACUCAGCUGCCACCCUCCUCACCAGCCUCAACGAGCUGGGAGAGAGACAACUGGUCAAAGUGGUCAAAUGGGCAAAAGUACUGCCAGGUAGGACACAUAGUUAUAGCACUGUCAAUCAUCUAUUUUUAAUUCACUCAGAGAACUAAGGUUUUAUUACAGCACAUACUACAAAAAUGUAGAAUCUGCACACAGGAGGUCACUAUUCACACUAAACUGAAGGAAUUGUUCUGAUUUCUGUUUGUCGUAUCUAUGUGCACUAAAAAAAAAAUCACAAUAGCAGGCUCUUGUGCAUGCAAAAGAAAAAGUUUGUGCCUAGUGUCAUAACCCGGUUUAUGAGCUGUGACAAAAAGGCAACGGUAGGAAACCACGGUGCCAAUAGGAAAUGAGAUUUAUUACAAAUUAAGAUUUUAGACGGAUAAACAACUAAGCAUGAGGUAUGUAGAAUCUGCAGGAUCAGUAGUGUGCAUGUGGGUGUGUGAACAUGGUGCAGUGAAGGGUGUUGAAGAGUGCACUAACAUAAGUUUAAACUAAAUCAAUGGUGCAAAGCUGGUCGGGUGCAGCGGGAGCCAGAGAGAGAGAGAGCAAGAUCUCUAGGAGCGUCUUUUAAACCAGGUGUGGAGCGCCGGGCCCAGGUGCUCCACGUCGGAGUUGAUAAUUCCAAUUAGCUCUGCAGGUACCUCGGAAGAGAUAAAACAAAAUCAGUGUGGUCACCAAUAUAACACCAAAGUGGGGGCCGUCGUAAUAGAAAGCAGAAGUGGGGGAUAAUCUGCCCUAAUGACUGUGCUCCCACCAGCAGUUAUCAGACAAUUUAUUAUCUUUAUAUACUGAUAUCUGCAUUUAAGUAGGGCAAACAAACUAUUCGAGAUUAAAACAUUUCAACCCAAGCGUUUUUAGAUUCCCUGACCCUCCUUCAGUGCUUCAGAAACAAUGGAUCAAAUCUCCUUUUAACUUAGAAGCAUUUCAAUAGUUGUUUUCUCCAACUCCUGGAGACAGACCUGACAAAGCUCCAUAUUUUUCUUUUCACAAAACCGUGCCCUGAUUCUGUUAUCUAGGUAAACUUGAGACCUCUUACAUAUACAGGAAUUUUUUUUCUACUUCUUAUCAGUUAUAGGCCUGUCGCGAUAAUCAAUAAAUCGCCUUAUCGCUCGAUAAAUAAAAACGAGGUCGGUCAUUUUGCCAGCCUCGAUAAUUUACGUGCGUUUGUUUUCCUCCUCUCUCGCUACCAAACACGCUGGAUGAGAGAAGAGGUCUCACUCUGCGCAUUUUUCUCGGCACCUGGGGGCGUUGGCUGUAUAGCGGAAUGAACGGAGUUAGUGAACCCUCCUGUCAGUCAUUCAGUGUCUUUGUUACGAGGGGGCGCGCGCGCAGGUACACGUAGGCGCGCACAGGCACACAGACAUAGCCCUUUGGAUACAGUGCUGCAAGUGAGCGUCGUGAGUGAAAAGCAAGCUAACAGAAUGAACACGACAGCUUUGGUGUCUAAACCGAACGCAACAGCCCAAGUGUGGGAAUAUUUCGGCUUUAAACCAGUUUUGUUUUCGUCAACCACAAAACUCCACGUGUUUGCGCGCGCGCGCGCCCGUGUGUCUGUGUGUUGGAGGAGCACAGCAGGCUGAUGAGAGCUGUCAGAGCGGACUGAAGCUGCUCCUAUAUGGUUAUCGUUUAACUGACUGAGUUUUGCAACUCUGUUCGUCAUUUUCGUCUCGUCCCAUCAACGUAAACGCACUUUCGUCUCGUAACAUUUUAGUCAUCUCCGACUUAUGUUUAGCUCGUCAACGUUACGUCUUCGUCGUGGGUGAAAUUAAAGUUUAUCACUUUUGACACGGUGUACUCGCAUUAUUAUGCCAUUUCAUACCAUUAUCUAUAAUUUAAAAAACGGUGUCAAUAAUAUCGUUUAUCGGCGAUAAUUUGUAGCACAAUUAUCGUCCAGCAAAAUUUGUUAUCGUGACAGGCCUAAUCAGUUAGUUAAGUCAGAAUUAAACUUCCAUGAAAUUUACUCUUUACAGUGAAGCUGAGACCCACCAGACGUAAUCUACACCCAGGUGCUCCUCUGGGAUGUUAUAUACAAGAAAUGAUAGUGUUUAUUAUGCAGAAGUAUCUGGAGGUGUAAGUUUUGCUUUGUUUUUGAUUUGAACACUUGGCAGCUUCUCAUAAUGCAGGGUGGACCUUGAAAAAUUCAGCCUGCAGGAAAGUCUUGGCUGAAAGUAAUUAAUUCUAAACCAGUGGCUUCACUAGAGUGUUGGCCAUACUUACCAGAGGCAUGUCCUUGUCAGACAGUGAGAUUUCAUUAAAAAAUAGUUUACUGGUUAGUGGAGAAAAAAAAAGACUUAUACUUGCUAUGAUGUUUUUAGUGCGAAAAUCAUUAAACUAAGUUAUCAACCUUAGACCGAUUCUCUUCAUUCUCCCUCUCUAAAAUCAUCUACAGACAAGAUGUAAGGUUUCACUCAUAUGUGGAUAAUACCCGGCCGUACUGUCUUUUGAUCCCAGUAAUUUCAACUUUUGUAUUUUAAAAUGAAACAACAUGCUGAAUGUCUCAGAAUUUCCUUCAGGUUAAUCUAGAUAAAAUUAAGAUAAUGACUGUUGGCUCAGGCUCAGCAGAACUGGUGACAAAUAUGGGCUCCCUGCCACAAAAUAUUCCAACCAAAUGCCGAAAAAAAAUGAAGAAAACCUUGUUCUUUUACAGCUGAGGAGACUCACCAAUGUUAGGUCAGUUUUAUUUUUAAGACGCCACUUUUAUUCCAAGUCUAUUACUGGCAGCAGCUUUUAUAUAUAAAUAUAUGUGUAUAUAUAUAUAUAUAGAUAUAUAUAUAUAUAUGUACGUAUGUAUGUACAGUACAGGCCAAAAGUUUGGACACACCUUCUCAUUCAGUGUCUUUUCUUUGUUUUUUUAUAUGACUGUUUACAUCGUAGAUUAUCACUGAAGGCAUCAAAACUAUGAAUGAACACGUGGAAUUUUUUACUGAUAAAAAAAAGUGUGAAAUAACUGAAAACAUGUUUUAUAUGCUAGUUUCUUUAAAAUAGCCACCCUUUGCUCUUGAUGACAUAAGUACUUAGUGACCGACUCUGUCAGUCACAAAGUAACCCUGACAAGGCACACCUGUGAAGUAGAAACCAUUUCAGGUGACUACCUCAUGAAGCUCAUUGAGAGAACAGCAAACAUUUGCAGCACUAUCAAAAAAGCAAAGGGUGGCUACUUUGAGGAAUCUAAAAUAUAAAACAUGUUUUCAGUUAUUUCACAUUUUCUUCUUAAGCACUUGAUUCCACAUGUUCAUUCAUAGUUUUGAUGCCCUCAGUGAGAAUCUACAAUUUAAAUAGUAAUGACAAUAAAGAAAAUGCCUUGAAUGAGAAGGUGUGUCCAAACUUUUGGCCUGUACUGUAUAUAUAUACCAGUAAACUAUUUUUUGUGUGUCCACCUUUUGCAUCUGUUUUUUUGUAACUCUUAGGGCUCUAUUUUCGUGUCCGCCCGCGAUGCGGCGGACCCCGUGCAGUGGUUAAUCGUCUGGCGGAGCCUGGCGUACAGCCAGUUUGUUUUUUUCGUGGACUGAGGCGCACCGAAGUCCACCAAGCUGGGUGUGGUGGCGACAGAAUCAGCUGGCGCAGUGACAUUUUUGUGCUCGCCGCCUGCGUGUAAAGUGCGCUGAAAGCUUGCUGAUUCAAACCUGGUCAGCUUUCAGCGGAGGCAGAGCGCAGCUGGUCUAGAGGUAUUUUGCUAGACCAGCGGCGUAUCGGCAUACGUCACUGAUGCCUCACCGCCAGGUUUCCACAGUGUCAGGCACAUUUCAGUGCAAUAAAUAAUCAUCAACAACUAAUAAUCUGAGUCAGCACAUACAUUUAGAUCUACAUAGAUAUAUUCUGAUCUGAUCUGAUGAGCGCAUUUGGCACGCGUUUGGACACUCAACCUGACCGAGUCAACACAGCUGAAACCGCGUUAAAUUAAAUUAAAUAUCUAGUAAAUAGACACAAGAUGAAGUUAAUCAAAAUUGUAAUACGCCUCGCCGGUGGCAGAUUUAAAGGCGAGGAGAGGAGCUUAUUUUAUUGGUCAAUUCAGGUCUCAGCUACCCACUCUACGCCCUCUCUCCUCCCUCCCUAUGAUUUACGCCGCUGGGAGGAGCUGAGUUAGGGAGGGGGAAUACUUAUGCCGGGCUGCGCCACGUCGCCGGCGAUGCACAAAAAUAGAGGCCUCACUGUCAAAUCACCACUUUUUUUGUCUAAAAUAUUAAGUCAUAUAUUCUUCACAUUUCUCUUUUAGUUUUUUAUCUUUCCCUUUUUUUAUUUAUAGAGCACUUUAUAACCCUUUUCUGAAAAGUGCUGUAUAAAGAAAGAUUAUUAUUGUUAUGUAACCUGUUCCAAUCUUUAGUUAGGUUUAGCGAAGUUGCUCGGUUGUUGUGUUCUCCACCAGCUGCUGAAGAAUAUACCUUACUUUUUGGUAUUUAGGUGUUCAUCAAUUAGAAGUUUACCAUACCUUUUUGUAUCAAGCUGUUCACUGACAUCAAGAGUAGCAGUAAAGCUGAGAUGCAUAAAACUAAAACAAAGAGUGUAAAGAUACCAACUUGCUGCACAGAGUUAAUAAAAACUGGAGGUGUCGCGGAGAGUUUUUAGUUGGGCUCUUGGUUAAAUGACAGCCUUUUUAUACAUGUUGCUUGAUUAUUUAUUUAAUCAAGUCAGAUGGUGUUAGACAUCAUAUGGUUGCUGUGGCAGUUUUUCUUUAGGUGCUCUGAUAGCUGUUGACCAACACACAAGCCUGCAAAGCUACGUGGGUUGGUACUCAUAUAACAGGGUUUGCAGCAAGGGAAAAUACUUGAAUGCAGACAACCAGACAGGGAGCAACAGUUCUGUCAAGUCUUUAUUAAAUCAUUUACAAUACACAUCACAUUUACAGGCUAAAAAAAUAAAUCCUAAAGAAGUAGCUGAUAAUCCAUAUGUAACCUUGAAUAGAGCUGGUAGAAGGAACAGAUAGGAGUAUAAGAGACAGCAAAAGGUCAGCAGGGCAAGAAAUCUCAGACAUUAUGUCUGAAUACUGAAGGGACAUGGAGAAGAACUACUUAGAUGAGUGAAGUGGGGAGCAGAAGGCCUCAGGCACAAGAGGUCCUCCUUUUCUUCUUUGCUGGUGAGGGAAAAGUCAGGCUGAUAGUUCAGGAUGAUGGAGUCCAGUAGGAAGCUGCAGCACUACAAGGCAAAGUUAAAAGUUAAUGAUACAGGUGGUGGUGCACUGGAUCACAGUUGGUCCCCACUCUGUCCAGUUACCCUUCACAGUCCGAACCCUGUGGGAUCUGCUGAUUGACUGAAAAUGACAUACAAUAAGUUGUGUCCAACUCUUACUGUGUGUUGAAGCACUCACCUCUGCCUGAAACUAAUAGAAACAUGGAAAAAAGACACUAUGUUAGCCCAAUGUCAGCCCACUCUCUGCAAGCUCUGAAUCCGAGUUAGGGGGAGCCUGAGGUGUAAUCCCUUUAGCAAAACUGAUCAGCAGCAUUGAAAGAGAUGAUGAUCAUUAGGAGCUCCCUCAAAAAAACACUUGGCAACACCAGGGGCAGCAGCAUGACGCAUGCACUGGCUGCAAAAAAUAGUCCUCCAAAUGUUUAUUAAUGAAGCUUGACUGAUAUCAAUAUUCUUUGGACACUGUUGGUUCUUUCUUCCUGUGAGCCUCAAGCCAGAGACAUGGCAUCUUCCCACUCAUGCAAGCACUGCAGUUGUAGAGACACAUCUUGUCUUGAAAUUUUGGCAUGGCAAAGUAGAAAAUUCUUGCUUUUUUGGUAGGUCUGUAAAACCCUACAUCUCUAAACUGAACAGAACCGAACUGUGACAUUUAUGAUCUGUUAUUCCCCUAGACAUGCAACCAGGUAGCAGGUAGGAUGUCUGGAUUUGCUCGGGGACAAUGGGAUGAGCAACUUGGAGGGUAGCCUACUAGGCAGGCGCGGACAUGAGAAUGGUUUGAAGAAAGCCCAGAAGACUGGAGAUAGAUACAAGGCAGACAGCUUUUUGUAGCUUGGGACAGAGUGUUAGAAUCCAGGAGACAGUCUGACUAAGGUAUAGGCUGGAUGAAGGCCAAGAGGAUUGUCAACUGGACAGUGGGCCAGAGAGUAGCAAACUCAAACUCAAUUCAAGCAUAGGAGUCUAAGAUGACAGGCAGGCAGCAGGCAUGUCUGUUAAUCCAGAGAAGACCCAGCAGAAGCACUGAAGGUCUGGUAGCAGAAAUUGGUAGCUUUAGAAGUUGUUGGAAUGACAGACUCUCAACCAAAAGGAUCUCCAGCAGUGCUUGUUUCAUUUAAAGAAUGACGAUUCUUGGCCAAACUUCCGAUAAAUCCUGCUUCUAGAUGGCAAAGAGGGCAACCAGGGCUUCAGUUCUUCAUUUAGGAACUUCCCAAAUUACCUCAAACCUAUGCCAAGAAAACAGAAGGCAGGGCCUUCAAUUAUAGGCUGAGCCCUUGACCAACAACCAAAGAAGGUUGUACAGUCAUACUGAUGCGUGUUAGUCAGGAGAAUGUACUUUUAAUGCCCACAAGACAGAGGAAAAAAAAGUAUUAUAAUAAACCUGUAAAAUAGAUAUAAAAAAAUAAAAGGAAAUUAAAAUGUUCCAAACCAUCAAUGGAAUUAAGACAUAAAUUUAGGAAAACAUCCAUAAAAUAUUCUAACUAAUAUGUCAAAGACUAUGUUGAAUGAUGUUCAUUAUGUCCUCAGUUUCUUAGAAAUCGUUUUCUUUUUUUCCUUUAUCUCAGACAUGGAAUCUUUUUUCACGUACCAUGACAUGUUUCAGCGGAAACUUCCGCCUUUCUCAGAAGUGUCACUUGGUGGUAGGUGUGACACGUCAUAUCAGUUGUAAGACCAGCUGAUAUAGCUCAUGUCUGAGUUAAAGGAAAAAAAUAAAACGAUGUCAAAGACUAUGGAAGAUGGUGUGCAUACUUUCAGUUAUGUGGUAAAAAGAAAAAAGGAAAAGUUUUACUAUAACUAGAGGCAUAAAUGAGUUACUCAUGGGUGUGAGUGACCAAAAGCUUAACUUGAGCUGUUUUCAGCUCAUGGAAGGCUUUUGGAGAUAAUCCCUGUGAAAAAUGAAAAAAAAAUUGUGAUUUUUGGUUAUAGUCAACUCAUUAAGAAUGUGAAAUAUUAGGUGUCAAUUGACAUUAACUUAAUAUUUACAUUUUUUCUUUAUUUAACUGUAAUUAAGACAGAACAAGUCUCAGUGAAAGAGUUAUCAUAACAAAUGCCAGCCUUGGCUACACCAAGACCACUAAAAGCUUGGUGGGCGGAUGUACUUUGACUCCCAUCCUGGGCAGCCCACAGACCUGGUAGGAGGGAGCCUGUUCAUUAGAUUUCAACUAUUUUUUCUUUGUUGGCAACCUUUUUAUUGUCAUGUUUCAGUCUAUUCAAAUUCAAAAUUGUUUGUUCAAAUAAAUUAAAUGGAAAUGAAAAAACGCAGGCUUAUAUUAUCAGCUGUUAGUUUUAGUAUUUUUAAAAAGUAGUGGUUCCAAAAUAGUACCUUGGAGAACCCCACAAACAAAUGAGUAUUUUCUAAAGAAUGAAUAGCUUUAAACUCAAACACCUUGGACCAAAAAUAAAAAAUAAAACUGUAAGCAGACUGUUUAAUAAUAAGUCUCAGAAAGGCCAAUUGGUUUUUAUGAUAAAAGUCUGACACUUGAAAGACUUUUGAUGUACUGCUUCAGAGAAAUGCUCUGGUAAUGUUAAAAUGCACAGGAUUUAACGCUUCUAUCAGUCGUACAUAUUUUUUUUUACCUUGUGUCACGUUUUACAAAUAAAAUUUUUUCUUUAGGUUUUAGAAAUCUCCAUGUGGACGACCAAAUGACUGUCAUUCAGCAGUCAUGGAUGGGGGUGAUGGUGUUUGCCCUGGGAUGGAGGUCCUAUAAGAAUGUCAAUGGCAGGAUGCUUUACUUCGCUCCAGAUCUUGUGUUCAAUGAGUACGUAUAGACUUAUCAGAUUCUAUUGUACUGACUAAAACAAUUCAUUUCUGGACUUACUAACAUGCAUAACGCUUUAUUCUAACAUAGAAUGAGUUGGUGCUGUGGUGCUCAACGCAAACACCAGUUUUCAUACAUCCUUGUGCCUUUCCUCUUAAGUUUUCUUUACUUUGCUGCUCAUGCAAACCCAGAGACUUCUCCAGAAUUGAAAAAGGAGAAUAUUAAGUAUAAAAGCCUGCGAGCUGUGUAGGGGCCUGUUCAUCCAAUUUUCUCCUUAGAUGUGUCUUUGUUAAGGAAAUUAAGGUGAGGGACGGUAGUUUCGAGCAUUUAAACUCUCAGAGGAAUGGUGAAUGAAUCUGAUUGAAGUCUGAAUAUCACUCAGGAGAGACAACAAAGGUGGUGAGGCAUUUUUGAGUGUGAGCAAGGGAUAUUAACUGUAUUAAGGUGUAUCAGAAUAUUACUUCAGGGAAAGAUGAUUCAAACUGAACUAUUAACAAGUGCAUUUAUUUUCCAUAUUUUUAGAAAAAUUAUGCAUAAAAGUAACGACAGAUUAGCUGAGCUACAUGCAUCUCUCAAUUGUACUUAGUGUACAGUAGUUUGGCUGUAAACGAUGGAUUGUACCUGUCAAGUUUUGGUUUGGAAAAUAAGACAAAUUUUUCGAACCCCCCAUCACAACUUCCUACUACUAGCUGGUGGGUACUUAGCACACGCUAGUGACAGACUUCAGUUUGGAGAGGCAGAAUAUAGAAUAUAUAUAUUUUUAUAAACAUAUAAUACAGGAGAUUUACAGGAGAAUACUAAUACAGGAAGAUGGCGGGAAAGAGGUGUAAAAUACGGUAGUUUCCUUGCCAAAUGGGAUACAGCUAUGCAAUGGAUGUAGCGACUCAGAUUUUUUUUAAUUUGCUAUGUGGACCAUUGUUUUAUACUUGGGCCAUCAAUGUGUUAGACUUUAGGAGACAGAAACCACAAGUAGUGCAACUGGCGAGAGGUAAGCAAACAGCACAAGUUAUUUGUUUUCAAGGGAGAUCUGUGAUUUGUCCUUCACGGAGUCUUUUGAAAUACAUCAAAAACAUCGCACAAGGCCUCUUUCAGGAUGCAAAGUUCAUCCUGGCAAUCACAAGGUUACCAAGCCCUAAAGCAGAUCCUUCUUAUUAUCUCUUUCACUUUGAUUGAUGAAAGAUUUGAGGUAAAAAGGCAUUGAGCUGAAUUAAAACAGGAUCAAAUCCAGCAAUUGAGACUUGAAAGGAAUUUUUUUUUUUAAAUUGAUUAUCAUCCCAGCAAUGAAGUCUUUUUAUCAUCAACUUCUGUAAUCUCAAACUCAAACUUUUUAGCCUUUUGAAGAGUAGCCUGCAGGUCAUUAGAAAGAGUUCAGGCUCAAAGCACAUAACUAUUGGCUUCACUUUCAAGACUUCAUUUCUAUGUCUAAUUUUUAUACAGCCUGUUGUGCACAGCAUUUUUCCAACAUAAAGUGUAAACUUUAGCUUUAGCCAUCAAAACCAAAGUUGAGCAAAUAUCUAUCAAAGAAACUAGACAUCGUGCAAAAAGGGGAUAGCCUAUUUAUGUUGUUUUUGUUGUACCAGCUACAUGGGAUGCCGGCCAGUCUUGUCACUUUUCAUAGAGAGCAGCAGGGGAACCACAAGAGAAAUGGGGCCAUCAACCACUUACAGACACUACCACAUCAUUUAUCUGGUUUUAACUUCAGCCAAGUGCUAGGCUUGAUGUAAGUGUGCAUCAGUAUUUGAUUUUACAGUCAGAAACACAUGUGACUGACACAACACAUACCUGUCCAUACUCUUCUGCCUGCAGCACACUUGACAGCUAAUCAUGUCUGUGAUGCGUGUUUCCUUGUAAAUACAGAGUUGCCUUUGUUACAACUCAGUUUGACACAGUAGUUAGAGUUUGGGUUGUGUCUUAAAAGCGUGUUAUUUCAGCUCAGUCUUCUCCUUCAGUGGCUACCACAGUGUAAUCAGAUUAGGUGAACAUGUCAUGGGGACUAAAAACAAUCUGUUAUGCAGUAAAAGCAAUAGGAGCAGAACACUUACUUUAAGGACAUUUGAUUUUAUAAUUUUCUCAUUUAACUUUUGAAUAUUAAAGAAAGUUGGAAAAGAACAACAACAACAAAAACAGCAGCAUUUAACUAGGCAAGGAAGAUGUUGGUUAGUGUGGUAAAGUCUGAUCACUAAAGGCCCUGAAACACUGUUGUUGCACUUUGUUUGCGGAAACCAAUAAUAAGGGAUCUCUCUUGCUCUCCUGUCAGUGUUGAAGUGUCUCCAUUUUAUUAUUUGGUCCAAUAAGUCAAAUCUUUCUCUGUAAACACCAGUUCAUAAGUGUCCUCAUGGGUCAUGUCCACAGCGAACGGCAGCAGAUUUGAUCAGCUGUAUGUGCUGAUCACUGCACAGUGUGUGCUCCGAAUAAUUAAAUGCUAAAUUAGUUUGGCUGUCGGAUAGCAAAGUAAAGCAAACACCUUUGAUGAGAUAAGUGCUUUGGUAGGAUUUUGUUAAAAUUGGCUUAAUUUUAUUAUAGACUUGAGCGCUUGUCGCAGUUGAUAGCCUAGCUACCGUUCCAGUUCCCUUGUCAGUUUCUCUACAUAGGGGCAGUAUCCACAUUUCUGACCCACUUACUAUUGACAGGUACCUUAAACAACCCCACAUCAAACACACAAACUCCCCUCAAAAGUCAUUCAAUUGUGAUUCUUUCAUUUUUGCAGAAAUACAUCUGAAAUAUAUUAAAAGGCAGGAAAAUAUGAUAUUGAGAUUUUUUUUAAUUUAGAUACACAAAGAUAAAGACAAAGAGAAACUUGAUUUUUCCUCCACAAAUAUAAACCGUAUCAAAAUAAGGCUGCCUGUGUUCGAGAGAAACUUCAAAAACAUGCCAUUAAUUGGUUAAUGUUUUUAUACCCUAGGACUGAUAUAUUGCACACGCUCUUCUGGUUUUGCUGGUAGAAUUUCCAAAUAAAAUUGAUGCUAAUGAAUUCAACUAAAAAUUUAGAGCCUUGGAGACAGUUUGUUGAUAAACUGGAAUAGGGGGGGUUGAAAUAAUUGUGCAGAAAAACCCGAUUGAAGCCGCGUGGUCGCUGGCAGACAGUCCUGGUCAUACUGGGCGGCUUCCAGAUUUGAUUGUGUAACUGUGUUAGUGUAUUGUGUGGCAGGGUUUAACUCAAAAAGAGCAUUUGCACUCAGUGAACCUGCAUUAAAUGAAGCUUUGAAAAAAUAGCAGUUCAAAGUCUCUAGGCAGCUCAGUGUCUGGAAAUAUGUGAGUUAACUUCAACAGAUUACAGUGUUACAUGAACUUUAAAAUAAAAAUGAACAUCAUUAUUUAUGAAUUGAAUUGUACAGCAGAUUUUAAAAGUAACACACUGUAAAAACUAAAUCUAUCUAUAUAUUAAAAAUCAUGCUGUCUGACAGCUCUUUGGCCACUCUUCAGUCCCCUUAUCCCAAACUUCCAAACCUCAAAAUAAAGACAGUUUUUCCCCCCUGAUAUAAAUGUUUAGCGGUGCAUAAGGAAAGUUUAUCCUCUCUUAUAAAGUUUCAAGGCAGUUUUUAUCCAAAGUAUAUCCAAACAAAGUAUGAUUUCAUUGUUUUUGAAAAAAUCCCUUUUGAAAUAAAAGCAAAGGCUAUUUUCAGUGGUUUAAGUCUACAGAUGUAAGGCAGACACUCAAAUGAUUAUAAAAGGAGCCAAAUUCUAAAUUUCCAUGAAUCAACCGUACAUCUUUAGCACAGUGAAGGAUCACAUCCCUUAGACUACUACUGUUAGUUUGUAAAUCACAUUCACUUAAAAAAGAUAAAGUUUGACAUUGUUCCCAUUAAAAUAAACCCAGAGAUCUCUCUUUAUAGCCACAGCAGUUAUUUACAACGUUUUUAAUCAUCCAUUAAUACUGCCAACUAGAAUACAGUAGGUUUUAUUGUCAAGAGGGGGAAAUACGCCUGUAAACAGUUGCACAUAGAAGUUAAAGUAUCUCUGUGUGUAAAUUUAGUGAAGUGUCCCUUAAAAAGGGGGAUUUUAUUCAUUUAAAUGUCGGUUACCAUUUACGAUAACUGCUAGACUUUGCUGCAGGACAUCAUGGCUUUGCCUGUUGAGUAGUAAAAAGCAAUAUUUGGAGUAAAAACACAUGAAAAAGCUCUGAUCAAAACUGUAUGUUUGCUUUGUCAUAAUGAACUUCAGCCUGCUCUCUGAAGCAGGUCACGGUUGUUGAUUGUGUUGGCGGAUUGUUGCACUGGACCAAAUAUGAACAGAUUGUGUUGAUUAUUAUGUAAAAGCAAAAAAAAGUGAACUGACUGACACAGAGCAGAAAACUCCUGCUCCACAGCUGUGAACUCAAACAUCCCUUACUUAUGGCCACUCCCAAUUUAGUGAUGUCACAGAAGGAUGAGCUGUCCUGAACAGCUGCCAGAAAUGCCUGCUUGCAAGAACUGAGUUCAAACCAGGUGGAAAACAUUGAGAACACAAACAACACAAACGUUUCGAGUUAUAUGAGCAAAAGGAAGUUUAUUGAUUUCCCCAAACUUUCCAGAACCCUCAUCCUGCAGAGUAAAGAUGGGAAAUGUAAUAUCCUGAUAGAUGUACUUUAUUUUAUUGUCCUCUGAGUGCCUGGUGGGUUAGAGGUUAAGGACUCAAUCAUGUCUAUAAGGCCUAAUCAGCCAGAAAAGUGGAUCAUUUCAUCAUUUUGAAAGAGAAUUGUGAACAAGAUGUUAAUGGACUUAAGUGCUCUUUGUCACCUCCUGCAAGGAGAAAACUGCCCUUAAAGAGGAACAAAAACCUGGCAGUCUCCUACAAAAAGAGUCCAAAGUUUAAAUGAUUUAAAUGUUGCAAAAUCUAUCAUUGCUGUUUAACCCUCCUCCUGUGUUAGGGUCUGCACCAAACCAUUUUUGUUUUUAAAUGCUUCAAAGAACCACUUAAAUUAGCUUUUUCGCAUCAAGACUUUUUGACUUUGUCAGGAACCUCUAUUCCAACAAAAUAAAAACAAAAAAAUUAAAUGGACUAAAUUAUAAAAUGCUCUUAUUAAAAUUAUGGCACUUGUCAUGUUAGAGCCGCUGUUGACUUGGCUAGAUCGAUAUCUAAUAAUUAUAGCAAAAACUAAAAUCAUAUGCGCACUGUCAGGCACCACACUGACAGUCAGAUCCUUUUCCAAUCAUGUGAGAUUUAGGAAAUUCUCAUAUUGCCAUGUUUUUCCCUGCACAAUAAAACAACAUCGGGCAUGUCCAGACAUGUGAAAUCAAUUCAGCAUAGAUAUCUGUGUGAGGGGUAUACUGACAAAGAAAGGCCCAGAGGCCCACUACAAAAGUAAAAGUGUAGUAAACACAUAGUAAAAGCUAACACAGGAGGAAGGAUAUAAUUGUAUAUUGCUCACCUAAAACACUCUGCCUGAAUCAUAUCUUCUCAGUAAUUUGUUUCUGUCUCAAAGUAGGAGAUUGACUGGCGUUUAAGACUGACUGGUUUGUAGCAGUAUCUCAACAUAAAUGAAAAAGUCAACUCUCUUGUCAAGGGCUAGAGAAUAAGAGUCAUUGCAAGGUAGCUUAGCUCGGGUAAAGACACUACCCACAAUGUAGCUCUGUCAAACAGUGAUGUUGAAAGUUCAACUUGGUGUUGCUAGGAUAAAAAAAAAAUUAUGUGAAGUGUUAAUGACAUAACUAGACUGAAAAUAUUGUAGUGUGAGAGCUGGAUCUAUGCAGCAGCCAUACCACUGCUGCCUCUGCCAGCUGCAAUUUGCUGCUACAAUUUUAGAGACCUUAAGCAUCACCUCAUGGUGAAACUAGACAAACUGCUAUGAAUGAGGGCAUGCUUUGCAUCAUUAAAUCAAUGAUAGGAUUUUUUUGCUUUUCCUCACACAAAUGACUGAUUUUUGGAGGUGUACAAGGCCAGAUAUUUAGCUUUAAGCUAGGCUAUCUAAACCAGUGGUUCUCAAGUCCAGUCCUCGAGCCCCCCCUGUCCUGCAUGUUUUGGAUGUUUCCACCUCCAACACACCUGAUUCAAAUGAUCAGCUCGUUAUCAAGCUCUGUAAUGGCUUAAUAACGAGCUAAUCAUUUGAAUCAGGUGUGUUGGAGCAGGGAAACAUCCAAAACAUGCAGGACAGGGGGGGGCUCGAGGAUUGGAUUGAGAACCACUGAUCUAAACUAACUCUCUUUAAGCUAACUCAACUUUACUCUGCUAGAACGGUGAUAAAUUGCUCUAUAAAGGACAGAAAUGGACAGCAAUAGAUACUAAACCAACAUUGAGAACAGUAAUAUGAUGGCAGUUGUGUUAGUCUUCUCCCACCAGAUCUUGACAGUUCAUUGGCAAAAGACAUUCCCGACAUCUCAAACUGAACUCUCAACCUAAGCCUUGUAUCUCAUGAAUGAGGAGAGUUGGCAAUUUAAAUAGACUUGGAAUAAAUUUUAUACUCUGAUACUUCAUGAGUAGAACCUGGUGUUUUUGUACUGACUUAAUAUUAUUUGGAGCCAGAAGCAUAAGUAGACAUCCUCUAAGGCAAAGAUGAGGGUUUAAAGUUUUAUAUUGUCAGUUGUAGGGCAUACUAAGUUGCUCGAGCACCAACAGUGUUUUUGCCUGCGUAAUCUUGAACAGAAACUUGAACUACAAAGAAUUAUCAGCCCAAUCACCAUCAAAUUUAUCAUAUAUUAUAUGUCCAUAAUGUCUUUUUCUUAUAUGUUGUACUAUAUGACUGAUUAAAAACAGUUAAGUGUAUUAUGUAUAACUUCAGGUUGUCAGUUCUGCUGUCAUUACCAAACAGAAGAGGAACUUCAGCUCUGCCUCUAUUUUCUCGUUUUUCAAUCUGAAAUUAUUUUUUCAUCAGGCUAAAAUUGAUAACAUUUCAAAUUGAAACUAAUUUUUCCAAUUUUUGUAUCUUCUUUAUCUUCACACCAUGAAUAUGUUAAAAAUGGUCCUUUUCUUGAAAGACAAAAAAGGUUGAAUCUUUGUCAUUUUGCACAGAAUGAAACUCUGAUAACGUUACCUGCUCUCUCAUUCCCUGCGUUUAUUGAAAUACUUAUGGAUUGUUCAGGCAUGAUGAAUAUGAAAUUUCCAAUCACCUCUUUUAAUAUUCACAAAUUGGUUGUUAUUUUUUGAACAUUGAAGUCAAUCGCAGGUAAGAAAUUUGGCUGAAAUAGAGUCCUGUGUUUUACUAACACCUUACUCCGGAUGUCAGAUCACACUGCAGAAAUCUGUGAUGAUAUAAAGAUGGUUCACCAUCCCCAUCACCCCUUAAUAAAUACAGAGCUAACCUCUGACAUCUAGUAGGUAUCUAUGGAGUCAAAGGUGUUCAGUCAUUUUUCUUCUACCUCUUAUGAUCUGAACUCUCCAUUUCUUCAUAUUACUCUACAUUUCUGAUCCUGACCUUCUCACACCUGCAGACAUCGAAUGCACAUUUCCACCAUGUACGAGCACUGCAUACGGAUGAGACAUAUCUCACAAGAGUUCCUGAUGCUGCAGAUCACUCAAGAGGAGUUUCUCUGCAUGAAGGCCUUGCUCCUCUUCAGCAUCAGUAUGUACUCUGCGUACUCAGCAUCAGAACUAAACUUUACUUUUGAGUUCUGGAGUCAAAAACUGAACUAGAGUCACCCCUGUUUUCUGUAUUUUCUUUUCUUUUCCAGUUCCAGUUGAGGGUCUGAAAAGUCAAAAGUACUUUGAUGAACUGCGCCUUACCUACAUCAACGAACUCGAUCGCCUCAUCAAUAACCGAAUGAAAACCAAUUCUUCUCAGAGGUUCUACCAUCUCACCCGACUCCUGGACUCUCUACAGAUGGUAACUCACACUCCUGAUUACUUGCGGAGUGCUUGCAGUGAAAAAGCAAUAAUGUCACUACCUGAACUGUAAAAGAUUUUAAAGCUAAAAACAUCUGGACAUGUGCGUGCCUUAGACCAAAUUCAACAAACCGAGUAAGAGGUCAGGAGUUGCGGCUGUAGCUCUUCUAAUUUGCUUAAAACAUUUCUUGGCAGGGCGGGCGAUUCAAUCUCAGGGGAGGCUGUCUUUCUUUAUAGCCCUCAGAGAGAAAAUGCUGCAUUCAACCAGAAUCUGAUACCUUAAAAUCUAGACUUAUAUAACAACCGUUUUUUCAGAGCAAAAGAAAAGGUUAAAUUGAUAAGUUCACUGCAUGAUGUAAGGCACCCAGUCCUUAAAUGUUUAAGCUGUGCUGUCUGUUUCAGGAGACGGUGUGAUUUUCCUCAGUUAUGGUCACAGCACUGCUCUCAGUACAUUUUAUUCAUGUCUCCUUUUUGUGUCUCUGUUUCAGACAGUGAAGAAGCUCCAUCAGUUUACAUUUGACCUGUUUGUCCAGGCUCAGUCGCUCCCCACCAAGGUCAGCUUUCCAGAGAUGAUUGGGGAGAUAAUCUCAGUCCAUGUACCAAAGAUCCUGGCAGGUUUGGCCAAACCAAUCUUGUUUCACAAGUAGAAGGAUGUUUUUUUAAUGAAAAAGUGACUCAUCUUAGCUGCCUCCAUAACUUUUAACAAAGGUUCUGUUUUCCUCCGUCUCCAGUUUAAUGGCUCUUAGCCCUGUCCUGUAAUCUUUUCUUUUUUCCUUAGAGCCAUAAUUGAGAUAGUUUGUUCAUAACUGUUAAAGCUUUUAUCUGAAACAGUGUCAUCUGUCGACAGCUCUGCUAUUUCAGAGUGCAGAGUGUGUGUUUGUAGGCUGGGUCAGACAUGCUACUUUACAUAAAGUCUGUAAAUCAUGACAACAGCGAGCUAGCUGUGGUGCUGUUCAAACAUUUAGAGUCUCACAAAAAAACUACAAAACAAAACUCGGCACAGACGUAAUUUUGGAAAGGAAACAAAGUCUUAUUUUCCAUUAUGCAUCUGUUUCUUUUUUAUGUUUUAUGCCAAAUCCACCUUUUUGUAACCCUCGCUUGUACAUAUGCAUUGGAGGCAUUUAGGUGAAUAAGUGCCUUAAAAUGAGAAUUGUGGAUCUUGAGUGUGCUUUACAAAGUUUCUUAUUUAACAUUUUACAUAAUUUUUAUCAAACAAAUGUGCAAAAAUCUGAUGUGAUACUGCAGUGGGUCUAUUCUGCAACAAGUGCUACGACAAUCAGCAUUGAUAUCAUAGUGUGGUUUUCCACUUUAAAAGAAGAAGCUAUAUUUUUGGUCAGUGAACUUCGAUUUUUCUGUGGCAAAAAUAAAACCUGCUGUGUUAAUCUAAAGUGAUGGUAGUUUUGGAGCUGUAUUACAAACUGAGAAGUGAAAUACAGAGUUUAGGGGGCUUGUCAUCGAUACAGAAAUCAAACUAUAACACUCAUUUACAAGACAAAUUGAAAGUAACUAGCAUGAAAUUAUCUUUUAGUUUAUGGACAUUCAAUUUAGAGCUCUUGAUUUUUGGAUUUUGGCUGUCAUUAAUAAGCAAAACCAGUUGUUAGCUGUCAAUUUAUAUCAUAAUCCAGACAGUAAGUAUCACAAUCUGACCAGAAAGACUUUUAAGUAUCCACUGAGCCCAUAAACUCAUUUUAAAAAAUAUUCACUGAGGAAAUAAUUGAACAAGAGCAGGAGUAAGACCUUCUUUCAGUCUGAUCUCCCGUCAAACCAGUGAAGUCGUCCUCUGCUGGUCAUCAGAAAGACUGCAGGUUUAAGACGCUUGCUUGUUACCUUUUUUUUUUUCUUCAGGCCCAGAGGUCUACAGAGUCCGCAGUUAUACUGAAUUAGUACUUUUACAUAAGCUUGUGUGCUGAUCUACAACAAGGAUCACAGAAAAUGUCACUGUUGCUUUCUUCCCAUUGCUUUUCAAUUUAGAGUUGAUUCCUCUGGGCCACAUCCUGUCAUGGUUGUAAGAAAAGUGUUGUGUCCAGUAGCAGCCACACAACCAUAACCUCACCUUGUACGUGCUUAAACAGAUAUGACAGCUCUAAUACAGUUGUAUAUCCAAGUCUCAGAAUACGUUAAUCUGGGAUAAAACAACCUGAUUUUUCCGUCAAGCCUAAACGCUCUCUACAGUCUUGUUUUAAGAGCAAACGUUGGCUUUUAAGUACUUUUAAGCAUUCACUCAUGUACAGUACACUGCUGUUGUUCAACUGAGCCAAUGCAGAACAAAGCAGACAUCUCCAGAACACACUGCAUGCCUACUGAAGCUCUGCACGUCACACCUCUUCUCAUCACACUGACAGUAAAUGUGUAAAACAGUUUUCAAGAUGUCACAACUUUUAAAGCAUUAAUUUAUAAAUGUGACGAGGAUACCCGGAUGAGGAAAGAUAUGAAAGAUGUGGGCUGAAUGUUUAGAAGUUUUAAAAAUUUGCCUGAUUUCAAAAUAAUUGACAAUAGCAAAUAAAGGUAAAAAAAAAAAGAACCCUAUUGCAACUUCACUUAGCUCUUUGAAAAUGUAUUCUGUAAAUCUGUCUUUUAUCCAGUCUUGAUAGAUGUUGAAUGAAAAUUUUUAAAAUAUACUGUAAAGACGCCAAGUUAAUAUCAUAGAUCUUUUUCAACCUUUUCCAUUGGAGAACACCAACAUGUCCGUUCUGUUACUUUAUAUUAAAAAUCAUUCUUCAGAGGGCAAAAGCAAUGUGAAGUGUUCAUCAUCGGUGCCAAACACACACAUUCAGCUGUAUCCUAUCCUGCCUGCUACAUACCUUUCCUAAGAAAACAGAGGUGCAUGGUGUUCUGCCCAGUAUGUAAAAAAGUCUCAGCGUAGUGUUUUCAGAGGUGUCAGUUUAAGGUAAAUCAUAUGACAAUCAAAAUGAAUCUGAAGCAAAAGUAAUAUUGGUUAGACACCACAGGGCAUUCACCACCAUCCCUGCUGCAUAGCAAGGUGUUGACAAAGUCCUGCUGUGAGGGGUUCGAAUAGUACAAGCAAGAAAACAUGGCACCAAACAUAGACAAACUCUGAAUGUGAACUAGAUCCAUAAUGCCAGAGAUCUUAAUCCGGGGCAGUAAUGUUCCAAGACCAGCAGGACAAGAAACAGAAACCUUCAGCCAACUGAAAACUGGAAGGGCUUCACAUGUGAAAGUCCUUGACUUGCCCUGCCAGACCUCAAAGAUGAAAACCAAAAAGAAAAUGUGAGGAAUGCCUUGAAGAUAACUGAUCACAGACACUGCUGUAAAGCAGUUGAAGAGUAUUAAUACUCAGAGUUGUACACAGUUUUGAGUUUUUGUUUUCUUUCCAACACAUAAACCAAGUUGAGUAAACAAGAGGCCCUUUGUACAUACAACUUUGCUGUCGUGAUGCAGAGUUUAAAUUUGACUUGAGUACAGACUGCAACAUGUUUAUCACAGCCAACCACGGAGACAACAUCAUACUCACUUUUGUCUGACCUUCUGUUUCCUUUUAACCUUUUCAAGCACGUUUCCUUGCUCUGUAAAUUUAACACCUUUUAACAAUUCUGUUUCUUUUACAAGCCUGUAAAUGCAUGCACCAUGUGUUUGUGUAACUGUAUGCAGUUUGCAACUGUUUGUAAUUUAACUUUAGAGAAAGCAAUGCAUGGACGGCCACGUGUCCCUUCACGUGUUUAUUAUGUGUCUGAAGGCAUGAAAACAUCUCAUUAACCGGCACGUUGAAUAUGACUAUCGAAUUUUUUGUGGUUGUUUUGUUGAUAAAUUCCAGUGAAGCGUUUAGAGUACACAGCGUCAUCUGCAAAAAUUAAAUUAGUCUUUUUUUAUGACACCCCAGUUCCACAAGAGUCGGCAUGUGGUGUGAAUUCUUGAAAAACAAAACAAAACAAAAAAAAAACAGAAUUUAAUAGUUUUCAAAUCAUUUGAACUACAUUUUUUAUUGAAUAUAGUGCAAAGACAAAAUGUGGUACGAGUUUUAACAACACUUUUUAAAUCUGAUAUUCAUUUCUUAGAGUUUCAGCCUCUCUUGAAAGCUUUUAUAUACCCACUUAAGUUAUUAAACUGUUGCAAGUUAACCUGGUUAGUUUAAAAAUGUGCCCCAGGGGGGGGGUUUUAGAUUCACAAAACUUUUUUUCAGUUUUCUGUUGCCCUUGUUGAAACUGUUGUGUACUAUGUUGCCUGCAUGACAUUUAAAAAUAAUAAAACAACCACAUUUUGAGUUUCAUUUUUAGUUUCAACAUUUGAUUUGUUGUCUUUGCACUAUUCUUAAUUACCUGUAGGCUUUGCAAGCUAUCAAGUUCUGUCUAUCAACAUCUUAUACAGCCUUCUUCCUCUUGUGGAAUUGAAUCCCAUCUACAACACAACAUAAAUACGGUCCCAUAGUUUUCCCUGGACAUUUUUAAUAACUAUAUGAUUUUAUCACAGCAGGCUAUGGUGUUUGACAAAAGCUGGUUUGUGCCCAUUGUGCUGCAUAUUUAACGCACUUCUUUGUACAUGCUUCUUUAAAUGUAUAUAUUGAUUGGUUUAAUGUCCGUUCUGGUGUCUAAACUCUUGACUUUAAAAAGGUGUCUUGUAUGAUUUUUACCUUUUGUGACCUGUUUUUCUUCAAUAUUUGUGUUUUUCAACUUUGUGUAAUGCUGCAGCAUCUUCUAAAGGCAAUUAAAAAUAUUUGGACUCUGACAA